AUGGUUGAUGAAACCAACGAAAAGUUGCCGCAGAAUGGCGAAAUGUUGCGGACACGACGUAAUGAAUACGAAGUGAGUCUGGGCACUGUAUUCGAAGUUGUUUUUAGAUUGUCAAAUUGCUGGGGAAAGGCGGGUUUGGUGCUGUAUACGAAGUCAAGUCCAAGGAAGGAGAACUGUUUGCGGCCAAAUGUGAGACGAUCGAUGUGAAGAAACAAGUGCUAACAAUGGAUUGUCGGGUCCUUCGAGGCGCUUUCAUGAUCAAGAGUCCUCAUUUUUGCACGAUUAUUGAUCGAGGAAAAGUCGAGGGAAGGUUCAGAUAUCUGGUCAUGAAACUGGUAAGUAAUGGUGAUGUAUUAGUAUGGAAAUGUAACGAGUGAUGCCUUCAAGGUCUUUUUUAGUCUUUUUCAUCUUUUAAUUUCCAUUUACAAUCGUUUUUGUUUUUGGCUUUGGCUAAAAUUAUAUUACUUUAGGUUGGUCGAAAUCUUUGGGAGCUUCGUGUGGAACGCGACCGCCAACGUUUCUCGUUGAAUACGGCCCUGAAGGCAGCCGAACAAUCUCUAAUGUCCAUCGAAGAUCUUCAUCGUAUUGGUUAUCUCCAUCGAGAUAUCAAACCGGGAAAUUUUGCCAUCGGGAGACCCGACACUAAUGAACAUCACAUCAUCUAUAUGCUGGAUUUUGGAUUGUGCAGGAAGUUUAUGGGGUAUGAAUAUGCCGCAAUGGUUUUUAUACUUAGAAAUUGGACGAUUUUGAAGUCAUCAUUGAGGUUCCUGUAGCUUACAAUAACAGUGAAAAAUAAUUUGGCAGAAGUAGAAAAUAUUUUGCAAGGCCUCUAGAAUAGGCCAACUAUAUUGUUGGAAAGCAAUGGCACUGUUUUUAAUUCAUUUUCUCCAUCAAUUUUAAGGGAAUCCGAAUCCAAAGAUCUCCGAAUUCCUCGAGCUUCGGCCCCAUUCCGCGGUACCACCAGAUACGCGGCAAUGGCAGCCUUGAGACAAAUGGAGCAAUCCCGAAAAGAUGAUAUUGAGGCCUGGCUUUACAUGGUCGUCGAAUGGACAGCCGGUCAACUCCCAUGGAGGAAGCUGAGGGGAUCGGAUAAGGAGGAAGUCCUCAAGUGGAAGGAAGCUGUUCGAUCCGGAGAGGCCAUGGAAGAGUUCCUGGUCGACUGCCCGAAGCGACAGUUCGUAACCAUCAUGCAAUAUGUGGACUCUCUGAUGUAUCACAGUAUCCCGGACUACCCCUACUUGUAUUAUUGUGUACAAUAUGCAGCCAAGGUAAGAAAGAAAAUAAUUAUAAUAUGAUUAAUAAUAGAGAAGAUUAACACUUUCUUAAGACUAAUUAGUUACGGAUUUUAAAGAUUUUUAUUCGUGUUUUAGGCCAACGGGAUCAAACCGACUGACCCCUUGGACUGGGACCCCGAACAUAAAUUCCAUGGUCCCACUGUAAGCGAUCGAAAUAAAAGAAUCGAACUGGUGGUCAAGGACAAUGAACAUGAUGAGGACGACAACAACGACAAGAAGGAAUCCAAGAAAUAA